AUGUCGGUCCGCCUGCUGGUAAAGCGCAACCCUGCCUACCCCCUCGCCAAGCUGCCUGUCCGUGGCAGUGCACAGGCAGCAGGCUACGAUCUUUUCGCGUGUGAAGAUGCCGUGAUUCCCAAGGGCGGACGCGCCGUCGUACAGACCGGUAUUCAUGUGGCCCUGCCUGAGGGACACUAUGGCCGUGUCGCCCCCCGCAGUGGCCUGGCCGUGAAGCACGGCAUUGACGUGGGUGCCGGUGUGGUCGACUCUGACUACCGCGGCUUGCUGGGCGUCGUGCUCUUCAACUUUGGCUCCGACGACUUCCAGUUCCGUGCCGGCGACCGCAUUGCACAGCUCGUCAUUGAGAAGAUCUCAACGCCCGAUGUCGAGGAAGUGGACUCGCUCGACGACACGACACGCGGCAGCGGUGGAUUCGGGUCUACGGGUGGAUUCUCUAGCGCUAAGUAG